UUACUGUGCUGUCAUGUAUCAGAAGCUCGCAGAAAGACAAACCUCUUCUCAUGGAUGCACGGACUUUAUUCCCUAUACCUAACUUAGGAAAAAAAAAAACAUUUGACAGUUAAACUUCUGGCUUUCAUAGGCGGACGUGUAGUUUUGAUGUCGUGGUGAAACUUGAGUUCUGUCGAGAUGCAACUCAGGACAGUGCUUGACGUCAUUGUUGUGGAUGUGCAGAAGAGGAGAAAUCCCUCCAAACAUUAUGUGUACCUUAUCAAUGUGACCUACUCGGACUCCGCGUCUCAUGUCAUCUACAGGAGAUACAGCAAAUUCUUCGAUCUACAGAUGCGGAUUCUUGACAAAUUUCCCAUUGAAGGAGGACAGAAGGACCCCAAAAAGAGGAUUAUUCCUUUUUUGCCAGGUAAGGUCCUGUUUCGCCGAAGCCACAUCCGAGAUGUAGCCGUCAAAAGACUGAAGCACUUGGACAACUACUGCAAAGCUCUUUUGAAGCUCCCCACCCACAUUUCCCAAAGCGAGGAGGUUCUGAAGUUCUUUGAGACCAAGUCAGAGGACCUCAACCCUCCCACUGAAGACUGCGGGGGCUCUGGCAGACGCAAAUCGGGUCUGGACGCCUCGGAGCCCAUGGUCCUGGAACAAUACGUGGUGGUGGCCAGUUACGAGAAGCAGGAGCCGGCGGAAAUCAGCCUCCAAGCGGGUGAGGUGGUCGACGUCAUCGAGAAGAGCGAGAGCGGCUGGUGGUUUGUCAGCACUUCAGAGGAGCAAGGUUGGGUCCCCGCCACCUAUCUCAACUCCCACAGCGGCACACGAGACGAUUUAGAGCUGGGCGCCUCCAAAAGCGGCGAAGUCACUAAGCGCCACAAGUCCCACCUGAAGAGGCUGGACCGGAGAUGGACGCUGGGGGGUGUCAUCAGCCGGCAGCAGAGCCGAGAAGAGAAGUACAUCACAGUCCAGCCGUACACCAGCCAAGGCAAAGAUGAAAUAGCGUUUGAGAAAGGCGAGGUCGUGGAAGUGAUCCAGAAGAACUUGGAAGGUUGGUGGUUCAUCAGGUACCAAGAUAAGGAGGGCUGGGCUCCAGCUUCUUAUCUCAAGAAGAUGGAGGACCUCUCCUCCCCCCAAAAAAAGACUGUGACUGGCCCGGUGGAGAUCAUCGGAAAUAUCAUGGAGAUUAGUAACCUCCUCAAUAAGACGUCCCCGAGCGAGAAGGACGUCGGCAGCGCCAAAGUCUCGGAGAGCCCGCAAGUGGCCCGCAAGGAGAUCAGCUUACCGGUCCUGUGUGACCCAGGCCCUGUUGGCACGCCGCAGGACGGCAAAGGCAAAACGGAGCCGGCCUCGCCGGCCGUGGCCCGCAUUGCACCUCACCGGGUGGAAAUCGGUUCUCCAGUUCUCAGGCAAAAACCUCCUCCCCGAAGAGAUGCAACCCUGGGAUUUCCUUUGCCCUCCCCACCAGAGCCACCUACAGUUGAAGCUGAGUAUUACACUAUUGCCGAAUUCCAGUCUUGCAUAUCUGAUGGGAUCAGUUUCAACGGAGGCCAAAAAGCAGAGGUGAUUGAGAAGAAUUCCGGUGGUUGGUGGUAUGUCCAGAUCGGAGAGCGGGAGGGCUGGGCUCCGUGUUCCUACAUUGACAAACGCAAAAAGCCCAACCUCAAUCGUAGAACGAGUACGCUAUGUCGCCCCAAAGUACCUCCACCGGCGCCGCCUGUCAAGAAGCAGGACUCCGUGGGGACGGCGCCACCCAGCAGCCCCGGUCGUGAGGCUCCGGAUUCUCCCGUGUCUCCCGGGAGGCCCGUGUACGAGGAGCCGGAAUACGACGUCCCGGCCAUUGGCGACCUGGAUCUGGAGUCUGAGUUUGAGUUCCUGAGAGGUGAAGCUUCCUUGGUGGAUGCGAAGAACGAGGACACGUCUUCCGAGAAGGGAUCCCAGCGGUCCUCCAAACCGUCUCCGGCCUCGUCGCUCCACAGCGCCUCCUUUAGGAUGUGCGAGUCAUUCGAAGACAGCCAAGAGGCGGAGGGUGAGGAGGAGUGUAUCUAUGAGAACGAGGGCUUCCGGCCCUUCAAGGAGACCCCGGAGAGGCAGUGCAGCCGUGACUCCAGUUCCUCCAAGGCCAGCGCUUCGUCCGAAACUGGCAAGAGCGCCAACCCCAAAUCUGGAGGAUGGAGAUCUGCGGCCAACAAACUCAAGAUUAACUUGAACGGAAACCAAAUGUCAGCCAAAAACAAAGAAGGGUCCGGAUCUAAAUCAGCCUCCAACGAGUCCACCCCGGAUAUGUCCAGACCCAAGAAAGACCAGGAGGAAAGUAAAACAUCCCCCAACGCCAAGUCUUCCUCCAAACCCAAGCCGGUGGUGAGGCCUAAACCGCAGCUGGCCAAAGCAUCCAGCGGGGACAAGAUGGACAUCAGCACGCUGAGAAGACAGCUGCGACCCACGGGGCAGCUCAAGAACGGCAGCAAAAACAAAGGCGAGGACUCCGAGACCGCCUCUGUCGUCUCUUCCGAGGACUCCUUUUCAUCUCAGAGCACGUCCUCGGAGUUCUCCUCCAGCUACUCCAAAGGCAGCCGCGGGGACUCGGACGCGGAAGGCUGCGUCCUCUAUCGGACUACCGACGCUUACGAGAAAGUCCAAGAGUCGGAGCUGAGCUUUCCUGCCGGCGUGGAGGUGCUGGUGCUGGAGAAGCAGGAGAGCGGCUGGUGGUACAUCCGCUGGGACGACUCCGAGGGGUGGGCCCCAACGUACUUCUUGGAGCCCGUGCGGCAGCAGGAUGACGCGGCUGGCUCGGAAUCCGACGGAACGCCUUCCAAACCCGGGAGCCUCAGCAAGUCCAACAGCCUGGAGAAGAACGAGCAAAGGGUUCAGGCCAUGAACAACCUCAAUCAGAACCUAAAGAAAGUCACUCCACCGAUUCCCUCCAAACCACCUGGCGGUUUUUCCAAACCCACCGGCUUGUUCGGGUCGCGCAAGCAGAACGGCGGCAAGCAGCAACAGGUGGUCAGACCGCAGUCGGUCUUCAUCUCAGCCCCCAUCAGGGAUAACCCGAGCCCCGUCGGCUCCCUCAGGAGAAACGAGUCCCUCAACUCCGGCAACCACCCUCGCGGAAGCCCCGUGGUACGUCGCAACGCCUCAUUCGGCACCGUGCCCCGCAACCUGGGGUCCAACAAUAUCGCCCUACCCAGCCGAAACCCACCCAACACCGGGAGUUCGGAGUUCCUGGGCGGUACCUCCCAGAGGAAUGCCCUCCCUGUGUCCACCGUAAGACCCAAGCCCCACAUCAUCCACAACAACCUCAGGGAAAUCUACGUCUCCAUUGCCGACUACCACGGUGACGAGGAGACCAUGGGCUUCCCAGAGGGGACCAGUCUGGAGGUUCUGGAGAGGAACCCCAACGGCUGGUGGUACUGCAAAGUACUGGACAGUGGCAAGCCCAGAAAAGGGUGGGUUCCUUCCAAUUACCUUGAGAGGAAGCCUUAGUGCGCUCGGAGCUGGCAGAACUCGCUCGUUGGAAAGACUACUCACACGGACACUUUGAUUUUGUACGAGAACUCCAGGAGGUUCACAAUGAAACAAGAGGAACAAAGCCAAAGCGCUAACCUAAAAGAGGAACUCGAUGCUUCGUCGGUCCGCCCUAAACCGAAAGUACAGUAAUCCCUCGCUAUAAGGACCGAUUCCCAGAAUAAAAAUAAAAUCCGCUAACCGAUACCAAUGCUAAUGUUCACUCUUUGUGUCCUCACCAAUGCCAAAUACUGAUACCUCUCAUACUUUUGAUCUAAAAUGUUAUGUUCCGAAGCAGAUACAGCUGAGGAAGACCUCCUAGAUUUUUCCUUCCGUAACUUCUGCUAACGACCCAGGCUCAACAUAUAAAACUUGAGACGCAUCACUUCAACAUAGUUCCUCGAACCCAAAUGUAAAACUUUCCUAUUAGAUAGAGCUUUGGUGCCAUCUUUUCUUAAGAGAAUAGUGUGAAUAGCUCGAAGUAGAGUCACCCCCCUCCCACACACACACACAAAGCGUGGAUUAGUGAACCGCGAAUAUGCAGGGGAUUACUGUAAUCAUUUUUGUAGAAUUUUCUAAGCAUUUAAAGCUUACUGCAUGUUUGAUUUUAUUAUACUGACAAAGCCUUGAGCUGUUCAAACGUAACUUUUUUUUGCUGCUAUGUGUUAGUCACAUCUUGGUGCUGUCUUCAUUGCAUGUUUUCAUACCUUUAUUUUGUUGUACUGUACGUUAAAAUGAUGUAAAAUGUUCAACGCAUUUAAUUGUUCUUUUGUGAGCAUCUUUAAUUGUAACGAUGGCUUGUAAUAAUAAUAAUAAUAGAAUCCCUUGAUGGUUUACCAGGAAAACAAAAGCCCUUUGCUAUCUUCCACCCAAAUUGUAUUUAUUCAUUCUUUUUGUACCGUUACGGUUGACACAAUUGUUCACAACCACUUCACGCUCCAAAUCUAUCCUGACAUUGAAAAAAAAUUUCUGCUGGGCAGUAAAUUUGACAUUUUUACUUGUAGUCUUAACUCAGAUGCUCACUUUUAGUUUUACUGUUUACUGUGUGACAAGCAGCAAUAACUCAAGUGCCUGAAAAUGAGAAUAAAUGCACUUUUUAAACGGUU